GUGAGAUAUAAGUAUAACCUAAUUCCGAAGGUACACGGUUAUUAGCUUUUAUUGGAUAUGAAAUCAUCAAAGGGGGAAGCAAAGAAAACUAUUCAGAAAGUUCGCUCAAGGUUUGUGUUCUCAAUAUAAAAUGAGCAUUAUUAACAAAAUCCCCAGAUUUUUUUCGAAGAUAUGUUCAUUGUCAGUAUCGUUUUGGCACGUUGUUUCGGCAAAGUACCUACCGUGUCAAACCUAUCAACCUGAGAUAUUAUCUAUCUAUGUCAAAAAUUGCACAUUGACUGUUUAUAGCGGAUGGGAAUCAUCAAGAGUUAUCUUACUCAUAUUGAGAAGAAAGGCGCCAGGAAAUAUACUUGAGUAAGUUUUUGUAGGGUAUUGGACAUUAGAUAUUAGAAGACAAUUCAGCACCACUAUCACACCUCACGGUACUGUAGUAGUUCUUCUUCACAUGUAUUAUUAAUAGUGGUUAAUGAACCAGUUUUGUUAGUUAUUUUACAGUAAUACUGGCGGUAAAAAAAGCAGUAAACUGGUAAAAUCAUUUUCUAUGAAUAAAACUUCUAAAGUUAAUCUUCUGAGAGUGUUGUAAUAAGCAUCAACUCGUUCAUGAAUAUGAGCCCUUUAGGAGCAAGUCAUU